AUGGCCGGUGUGGCAUGGCACUACGUUCUCAAAUUCAUAAUCACAGGCGACAGCGCCGUCGGCAAGUCCUCCCUCCUCGUCCGCCUCACCGACCAGCGCUUCCUCGCCAACCCUGACCCAACACUAGGAGUCGAAUUCGGCUCGAAGCUCAUCACGAUCCCCGAGGAGAACAAGGUCGUGAAGCUGCAAUGCUGGGACACGGCCGGGACGGAGUCGUUCAGGUCCAUAACGCGCUCGUACUAUCGCGGCGCCGCGGGCUGCCUGCUCGUGUACGACGUCACCUCGCGGCAGAGCUUCGUGAACGCGCGCUCGUGGCUCGCAGAUGUACGUGAGCAUGCGGACCCGCACCUCACCUGCAUUCUCGUCGGAAACAAGAUCGACCUGUGCACGGAUGAUGCGGGCCCGGGGCGGCGCACCCGCGAGGUUCCGUCUGAGGAAGCGGAGCAGUGGGCGCAGGAGGAAGGCCUGCUGUUUGUCGAGGCGAGUGCAAGGUCAGGGGAGAACGUCGAGGCGGCAUUCGAACGUGCGACACGGGAUAUUCUCGACAAGAUCCGGCGGGGCGUCUUUGACGAUGAUAGGUCGCCCGGCGUCAAGCUGUUGAAACCGUCGAAUCCCAAUCUAUCGCUGGAGGCAGACGCACGUCAGGGACGAUGUUGCUAA